UUGUAGGAUUUGGAAAGGUGUUAGCCCCGCGGAUCUCGCCCUCCAGCUGGGUUUGUUUACAUGUCAGAAGACGCCAUCGAAGCACGCAGGGAGAGGCCCGUCCUCGCUCCCCACCUUAUUUUGCGGGACUAUUCACCUCAGAUUCUUCAGUUUGGCUUUUAGAAAAUUAGUGACCUACAGGAAAUAAGGCAAUUUGUAAAGAAAGAAAGAAAUUUAAUGUGAUAUCAGAUACUGUAAGUAGAACUUUUAUAAUUAAGUGUGAAGAAUACUAUCCAAGAAAAUCUCCACUCAUUAUACUUUAACCUGUCAGACCGUCAACUUCACACAGCUCUCUGAAUUCAGUGCAAUGGGAAUGUUCGACAGGCUAGCGUUUUUCCUUGGCCUUAAGAAACGUGAAGCUAGUGUAUUGGUCAUUGGCCUGGAUAACUCAGGCAAAUCAACCAUGCUGAACCAUUUCAAAACAGAAGAUCAGAAGACGACGGAUAUUGUCCCUACGGUGGGGUUCAAUGUGGAAAAGUUCAAGACAAAAAAUGUGGGUUUCACAGCAUUUGAUAUGUCAGGUCAAGGACGCUACAGGAGUCUGUGGGAACAUUACUACCAUGACUGUCAAGGUGUCAUAUUUGUGGUGGAUUCCAGUGACAAGCUGAGGCUAGUUGUCGCCAAGGAUGAGCUCGACAUGUUGCUUCAGCAUGCGGAGAUCCGUCACCGUAGGAUACCAAUACUUUUCUUUGCCAACAAGAUGGACAUGCGAGAUGCUGUGAGUAGUGUGAAAGUCUCGGCAGCCUUGGGUCUAGAGCGCAUCUCUGAUAAGCCUUGGCACAUUACUGCUUCAAACGCCAUUACUGGAGAAGGUCUUCAUGAGGGUGUUGAAUGGUUGACAAAUCAAAUCAAGGAGAACUUUGGAAAUAAUAUGAACCGUUAGAUAAAGCAUGAGUUUCAGCUCUUCUUUUUUUUCAUGGAAUUUUAUUAUUUUUUGUAUUGAUGUGAAAAUGGUCUGUGAGUAACAGUUUGAAUUAGAAAUUUAUAUGUUUUAAAAACUGUAACAGAAAAUGUUACUUUGAGAGGAAAUUUUGCCAUGAGAAGUUUUUUUAAGAGUAUGUUAUUGAUUAAUUUAUUAGAUUAAUCCUCAAUUUUUUUUAAGUUUAACAUUUCUGUUUUAUAAUAGUUAAAGCAGAGUUCAAGUUAAAAUCAGCUAUAGGAAUAUCUGAUUGCUUUGCUUAAGGUAAAUGAAAAGCGAUUCUGUGGAAUUUAGUAAAUCUCUAAAUUAAGGUAAAAAAUUACUUGCGCUUUGGCCAUUUCAUGCAUUGCAUUCCGACUAAUCCUGAUUUCACUAAGCGUAAAGUCCUAGAAGAAGGUAAAUGUUGGAGUUAGACUCUUCAAAACUAGUCAGUGCUGUGAUAAGAAAAUUUUGAGUGCUCUUAUGCAUCUAGUCAGCAUUUGAAAUAGAGAUAUUACUAUCGAGCAGUAAUACUACAGAGCAGUAAUACAUUGAUUUAUAUGUUUCAUUCUUUUUCGUUUUGCUCGACUGAAUGAUUAUUCAAAGUUCUGAUAAGGUCCUCAGCAGUGUUUCAUAAUUGAGUUGAUCAUAUGAAUUUUGUAAAGUAACAGGUUUUUAUAAUACUAUUGCUUAUAGUACAUGCAGAUGCUUGCAUUUAUUGCACAAAUCUAUACUUUUCUUCAUUUAUUAUGAUAUUUUCAUUACUUUUAGAUCUUGCAUACAAGGAAAAUUGGUACCAAGAGGAAAAUGUGUAUGUCUGUCCCUUGCACUGUUAGUGACAGUUUUAUUCUUCAUCGUUGCUAUUGAACAAAUAAUUGAGGUUUUAUAAGGAUAGACAGUGUUUACUUUUCUUUUUUAUAAUGAUAUAUGCAUCAUUAUAUAUGUUUCAGAUUUUUGUAUGGCUACUCAUACAAUAAUUACUGCUCCUUUUUUUCUUUCUUUCUUUCUUUUCGUAGCACACAAUUUGUACUUGAAGAUCUCCGUUGUAACCAGACAAGUACACAUUCCUUAGAAAUAUAAUGUAUGCAAAGCUAACUUGGACUUGCAGCAGGUCCACAUUGCAACAUGAGUGUAUUAAUGUUCUAGUCACUUUUAUUUCUUUUGUGUAAAGCUAUCAACUGCAAAAGGUCAAAGUUCUUUUGUAAUCUUUAUCUUGUUGUUCGCUGAGACUUCUUUGGUGGCUACACUAAAAUGAAGUAUCUCUUUGGUUUUGCUGGAUGAAGUGUUACAGGAAAAGGCAUAACAUAAGGGAAAAGUUGCAGCCAGUAACUAUUUGUAAAUGGAAAAAAAAGAUGGAAAGAAUGACAUUUUAUCUUAAAAACAAAUACAUACAUGUACAGGCAAUUAUUUCUUUCCCAUAUUGCCAAAUGCAGAUUAAGUAAUAAUGAUCAAUCCAAUAUAAAUUAAUUAUUUAAAAAAAAAUUCUAGGUGUAUCACACAUUAGGAUGGUCUUAUCAUUGUUUUCUGUGUACCUGUAAUCUUGUCAAUUGGUAUUUGAACUAUAUAAACUGAUUGCUUCAGUCUCAGGUAACUAUAGUGGCAUUUGUACCAUUCAUUAAAAAAAGGAAUUGCCCUUUGAAUAAAUAUAUUUCUGUUACUGUUUGCAAAACAAUUUAACCCAUUCAUUUCAGGAUAGCAUGUAUGUACAUGUCAUGACCACUGUCAUUUUAGUGGAUUAAUUUUGUUUACAUAUAAAUGGUUCCACAAAAGCUUAGUUACCAAGUAGUCAAUUACAAGUCUUACCAGUUGCAUCUGUUUACCCCUUUCUGUGAUUUUCAGAAAAGCUGUUUACGUUUUAAUUGUUAUACAUAUUUGAAUAACAUUAUGAUAAUCAUAAUGUCAAUAAUAUUAAUAGUAACAGUAUUUAUUAAAACCAUUAGGAAAAUAUUUUUCCCUCAGUUGAGAUCACAUAGAGUUUACUAAUGAAUUGCUUGGUGACUGAGCACUUGUAGAGUCAUCUAUGUUUAAAAAAACAUUCACAAAACAAAACUACUGUGGAGAGUACAUCUAUCUGGCACCAAUGGGUCACAUGGUUCAGUAUAAUCCUUAUGAAUUUUUAAGCUUACAGGUACAUUGUAAAUGUUGUGUUUUGAAAUGUAACAGUAAAAGUACCUCAUGGUGUGUUCAAUAAUUUUAGUGUAUUUAAAGCAAAUUAUACAAUUUAUUUUGCUUUUAUUCAUUUUUCUGUUCCAUUUUAUGCAAACACACAUUCCUGGCUGUCAUUUCAUCGCAUAAUGUAAACAGAUAUGUAGUUGUUAUUUAACCAUUUUUCUUUUCUGUCUGUGCUUUCUAAUGGUGUAAUUGAGUCCGUCCAUAACCGUCCAUUAUACCAAUGGUAAAGAGGUUUAUUAGAAAGAUCUAUUUUUAUUUAGUAUUUUCAUGUAUUUUCAGCUUGCACAAUAAAAACUUCAGUAUAA